AUGAGUGAGAAAGAGUCAUUGUAUGUUCAAAGUGAUACUGAAUCAUUUAAAGAAGUUGAGGAAGAACCACUUUAUGAAGAGUUGACUGUAUUGAGCUCUCAGUUUAAUGAGAUAAAAGAUGAAAACAAUGAAAUGUCAGAAAAAUUAUCAAAAAUAAAAUCUGAUAUUUCGAGGUCAUUUUCAAGUAAUACUGAUUCAGCUGCUAGCAAAUUGCGAAGAGGAAUGGCUCUUGAAAUUGAGGACUACAAAUUUCACCUUAAAGCAAUGAAAAGUCCAGACUAUCAGCCACUAGUAGACAAUGAAAAAACAAUAGAGGAAUUACGAGAAAGAAUAACAUUAAAGAAUAUGGAACUGAUUAAUGAAAGAGAACACAAUGAGAAAAUGAUAAAUGAUAUAAAAGAUUUGAAAGAGGCUGAGGAUAAGAAACAGAGAGAAAAACAAAAAAUGAAAAAAGAAAUGUGUAAAUUCAGAUUAUUUUGUUAUCAUCCGGUUACUGGGGAAUUGAUGAAUCUGUCACUUGAAGUACAUGAAGAUGAUUUACUACCCUUAGUACUGGAUAAAGCUUAUGAGUUAAUGAAAUUAGCUCCUCAUUUUCCUAUUGACAGAUGUCGUUUAGUUAAAUAUAAUUAUUUUGAUGGUGUAAUGAAUCAGUCCUUGGAUCUUAAUAAGUUUCAGCAUCAAACUAUUGGACGCCUUACGGGUAGGGCUAGAUAUAGUCCUUCUUUUGCAUUAUUUUUAGAAACACGCAAGGAAAAUGAAAUAUUUAAGAAAUACAGUGAUGGUGGUAUUAGUCUAAUGAUAUCAGUGGUUGAUCUGUCAACUGGUAAAAUAGGACCAGAUAAACCAAUGAGAGGUGAAAGAGGUUGGACUGUUGGAAAAUUAAAACAGCAUAUAGGAGACUUUCUUUAUCUCAAUUCGUCAUGUAUGAGAUUAGUAAUGGAGGUUAUUGCUUUCCAGGGGGUUGCAGUCUAUGAACUUAGUGAUGCCAAAAGUAUUUUAGGAAUGGUACUUAGAGGAAACAGAUUAUAUGUAUCAUCAAAUCCCAAAGAUUAUAAAAAAGAGUACAAUGAUAGUUUGAUGUACAAAUUUAUUGCUUUUCACUUCACCUCAAUACGGUUGAGCAUUACAAUUCCUCCUGGACCUGAACCUACUCUGACUACAACUAAUAAAAGAGGGGAAAUAAUAAUGAAAAUUAUAUCAGUUAAUAAAGAAAUUAAAGGAAAUGGAAGAAGGAUGCAAGUAGAAGUUGAUAGCAGAAUAACAUUAGCCCAAUUGAAGGAGGAGCUAGUUCCACUGAUGGGUGCACCACCUUCUGGUUUUAUAGUGUAUAAAUUUGUCAUGAAUCGAGAAUUUGAAAUGGAGGGUCUGAAUAAGACAUUGCAGGAUGCUGAUAUCAAUUCUGGAUUUGAGUUAAUAGUAAGACUGGGCAGAGCUUUAAAAAAUGAAGAGUGCAGAAUUAAAUUAUAUUUGUUACAAGUUAAUGAAGCAGUAUUUAUUAAUUAUAUGAUGGAGUUGAUUAUUUCUGAAAAUACACCAGUGAGAGAAUUUAAGAAACAAAUUAUUAAAGAAGCAAAAGCACAGGGACUUGAUUGUAUCCUUGAAUUAGACAAAAUGAGAUUAUGUGAAAAGAUAGGAGCAUCCCCUGAUACAAUAUAUCUUGAUCAUCAGUUGAUAAAUGCUAGUAAUGAUAUGUAUGUGACACAAUUGAAAGGGCCAGAAAAAAAGUUGCAUGAAUGGCAGAUACAAGUGUAUGUUAUAAGAUGGCGCCCAUCACAAUGUUCAGUUGACCCAAUGGAAGAUAUUGUACUGGAUGAUGAUUAUAUUGCUAGCCAUAUUAUUGAAAAGCUGUCAGAAUUAAGUGGAAUUUCUAAGAAGUAUAUCUCUCAUUCAGCUCCAUUACCAUUUUUCUUUGACAUGUCAUAUCUUGAUAUUGAGAGCAAGGCAUCUUGGUAUUCUGUCAAAUCAACCACGCAACCACCGUUACGAUUAUAUCAUGGAUAUGAUGGAUAUGUCAUGUAUUACAAAGACAGUAGAGAGAAAAUGAAAGAACUAACUGACAAAGAGAGAUCAGAAAUACAAGAGGCAGAGGAAGCAAGGUAUUCCAUUAUUUUAGUGUUCACAAUUUUAGAUGCACAAUAA